AAGGCGCACGAAGAGGCGGAGGAGGCGAGAUGCUUGGCCUCGUGCUUUCACGCCGCUUAAAUGUGGAGCAUUUAACGAUUUCGAGCGCUCUGCUCGCGGAUUUCUUCCUUCCUGCGGAUUCUCGUUCGGGUGGUGCAAAAUGCAGGUGCAAUCUUCGACUGGGAAAUCGAUCGAAGCAUCCACUUCUGCCGCCGAUGAAUCGUCGAGGUUUGAGACGCUUUCAUCAUGCGUGCUCAAGUGGUCGCUGGACAACGUCGAGAAUGGCUCGCUCAUUCAGGUGGGAAAAAUUCCUCUCGAGUUUACCUCUUUGAGGCAGUAUCUCGCGAGCUUCAGGUUGCCGCUACUCGAGGAAGUGCGAGAAGGAUUAAGCCGCGGCCUCUCACGGAUUAAAAAAGAUGGCUGGGCUAUGGUACGAGUGGAGAUGGAAGACACAGACGAAGCGCUUCGACGGGUCUGGCUCAAGGUGGACGGUAAAGACAACUCCUCUUUCAAGCCAAUGGAUGUUGUCCUACUCGCGACAAGCCCAACUUCCUCCGCGAAGGACGUGCAAGCUUCGGGAAAGAUGCACGCGCUGGUUCUACUGACCGGCUUUGAUGUUCCAACGGGCUUUUGGGAGGCCGAGAUGUACUCCACAUCCCAGAUGGAGAACGCUCUGACUGAUCCGGAGAGAAGCUGGUACGUCAUUGGCUUGGAGUCGCUGGUAUCAGCUUCGAGGAUUUGGAAUGCGUUGCAGCGGCCGCUGUUUGCCGAUGAAAAUCGGUUCCCGAUUUUCGACGAGGUGCUGCAACAGGCACUUUGGGUGGAUGAUGCUGACAAAGGAUUUCUUUCUGGAACAAGAUGCUCGCAUCUGAACGAUUCUCAAUCAAGGGCCGUGUCCAGCACCGUCUUGGCGCUUGAGAAAAAUCAAAAGCCGUACGUGAGGCUGAUACAGGGACCUCCGGGUACAGGGAAAACGUCGGUGCUAGCCGCACUUCUUUCUGCGCUACGGAGCUCUGGAAGGCGUGUAUUGGUUUGCGCUCCUACAAACAUGGCCGUUCAGGAACUAGUCACUCGGUUUCUGAAGACAAACGACUCCGGCUCCAAUAAUAUUCUGCUCAUGGGAAAUGAGACAAGGCUGACUGGUGUUAGAGACAAGCCGCUGUCGGAAGUGUUUCUUCCAUAUCGCUUGAACAGGAUAUCGUCGACCUUAAGCCGCUGGAAAUCAGAAGCGUCUUCCAUGGUCGACUUUCUGAAUAUGGAGGCCUCUCAAAACUUCUCGGACGUCGUACGAAGAAAGUUCGCCAGUCUUGAACAGCAGAUGGUGCAGGCUCUUUCGGACCUGCCGACCACACUCGUUCAGUCGGCUGAAAUCGUCGAAGUGAAAAGCCUCCUCACCAAGAUAAGCGAUCUUAUUGAUGCUAUUGCUUGCUUUGGUGUCAACAGGAGCAUCAAGAACAACCUUGACAAACUAGCUGUCCUCCUUCAGAGCCUUCAAGUGAGUGCUGACCGCAUGACGAGCUUCAUCAGAAGGCAGCUCGUCAGGCAUUCGACCAUGGUGUUUUGCACGCUGUCUUGCGCUGCUAUGCCGUUGGUGCAAAAUUCGGCGGUGCCUUUUGACGUAGCUGUUCUUGACGAGGCUUCUCAAGCUAUCGAAGCGGAAACAGCUAUCAUUAUGGGCCUUUCUUGUCUAAAGCAACUCGUCCUUGUUGGAGACCACCGGCAGUUACCACCCACUGUUCUUAGCGAGAAGUCUAAAAUGUCCGGUUAUGGAAGGAGCUUGUUCCAGAGGCUCCAUGCGCUGGACCACCCGAAUAUUAUGCUUAAUGUUCAGUACCGCAUGCACCCAUCUAUUUGCCAGUUCUCAAACUAUGAAUUCUACAAGCGAAAAAUCCAAGAUGGCCCGAAUGUAACAGUGAGUUCUUACGGCGCAGCGUUCCGCUCGCUCUUAUACGGCCCAUAUAUAUUUAUCCAUGCGAACAGUUCGGAAUGCACUGCCAAAGAGGGGAGCUUGGAAAAUCCCACGGAAAUUGAAGUCAUCAUGUUUCUAUUGGAGAAACUCCAAAAAGAGAAACUAAACUGCAGCAACCUUGAGGUGGGAGUUAUCUCCUUUUACAAGGCACAAGUUACUGCACUAAGCAGUCGCAUACGACAUGCUUCGUUUUCUUUCAAGGUCGAGGCCAAUACUGUCGACGGAUUUCAAGGUCGUGAAAUGGACGUAGUUAUUUUGUCGACUGUCAGAUCGAACCCUUCCGGAGAUUUGGGCUUUCUGAAAGAUCAUCGACGUCUGAAUGUUUCAAUAACUCGAGCCAGAUACUGUCUUUGCAUUGUUGGUAACGAGCAUACCUUGGCUAAGAACGAGACCAUUUGGAGGGAUUUAGUUCAGAAUGCAAAAAGCAGAGAUUGCUUUGUGGACUCGGCCGACGUUCCAGAGCUGGAGAAGCGUGUUGGAGGCAAAGUGGACCAGUUUUAUGAUAUCCUGAUUAACAGUUCUCUUCUCGAAAACUGUAUCUGGAAGGUCUUCUUCAGCAAGGAGUUCAAGACCAGUUACGCUCGUCAAUCGGCGUCCUUCAGAAAUGGCUGCACGAGAUUUGUCCUGGGACUUGCUAGAGGUCACUGGCCUGAGUUGAACUCUGCGAUGCCGCUGACACUCUCAGAGGAUAUUCACGUGUUUCGCAUGAACGGUUUGCUUCUAGUCUGGAGAGUGGUUUUGACGAGCAAUAGAAGGUCUCAGGUCAUCGAGCUAUGUGAUGUGGUGGGCGUUCAAGGACUACAGCGAAUUGUCCAACGAUUGAAUACUGUCAGCUCGACUUACUCAUUGGAUUACGUGGAACGCUGUCGAACUAUGACGACAAAGACGUCCGUUUGCGGUAGAAUCGCUGUUCCGGAAGUAUGGAGUGGAGAUGUUGUCCAGAAAGUCAUCGACGACGGCAAUGCAGCGCCUCCAAUUAGUCAGCCUGGUCCCAAAGUUUCAGAGAAUCUAUCUCAACUGAAGUUCUAUUCAGAGUCAUCUGGAAUUGCGAACUACGUUCUGACAGACAGUGGCGGUACAGAAGUCGAGCUGCCGUUCCCUCUAAGUCGUCCACAGACCGAGCUGAUAUUGUCUUCUUCGUCGGCUUUUGUUAUCGGAAGGUCGGGCACAGGCAAAACCACGGUUAUCAGUGUUAAGAUGAUGCGCAUGGAGCAGCUCCAUCGCAUAUCAAGGUGUGGUUUUGGUGAUAACGGGAGUUUUGAUAGCGCCGAGGGGACGUGCUUGCGUCAAGCGUUCAUUACCGUUAGCCAGAGGCUGUGUUUCGCGGUCAAGAACUACCUCGAAAAGUUUAAAAGGUCUUUACUACGAAGUGAUGCUUAUACUGCUGUUCUUGGGGUCACCUGCAACGAAGAUGUCAUGCUUGACGAAGAGUUUCAAGGCGGCAUUCCAGACAGUUUCAUCAACAUCCAACCUGAGGCCUUUCCUCUCGUCUUGACCCUCAGAAAGCUUUUGGAUAUGGUUAAUGGAACUGUGUCGAGGCCUUUCCGAAGCAGAACACUUGAAGACCGGGAAGUGGACUUCGACGUCUUUGUGUUGGUUUACUGGCCGCGUAUGAAGGCCUCUUUGAGGAAGACGUACGAUGCAUCAGAUGUCUACGCGGCUAUCGUGUCUCACAUCAAGGGAAGCGCUGAGUCCCUUCACUGUCCGGACGGAAGGCUUUCUCGCGAGGCUUUCGUCAACUUGGCAUCACAGCGUAUUUCGGUGUUCGAUGAGGGGCAACGGGACACGAUCUACGACCUCUAUCUCCACUACGAGAAACUCAAGAAAGAAAACGACGACUAUGACAUGGCAGACUAUGUUUGGCAUUUGUACCGGCAGCUCAGGGUGGACGGGUUCAAGGGAGACAAGCUUGAUCUUGUCUAUAUUGACGAGGUGCAAGAUUUUACGCUGGCUCAGGUAUGCCUGCUCAAGUUCGUAUGCACGAAUUAUCGGGAAGGCUUCAUUUUUGCUGGAGAUACGGCUCAGACCAUCACUAGAGGUGUGGAAUUCCGGUUUGAAGAUGUACGUCGGGUUUUCUAUACAGAGUUUCUGGAAGCCGAGGCGAGGUGUCCGGAUAUCGUGCAGCUGAUAGACAAUUUCAGGACAACGGGCGCCAUUGUCCAGGUUGCAAAUAGUGUUAUGGAGCUGAUACUUCGGUUCUUCCCUCUCAGGGUCGACAGGCUCGAGCCGGAAAGUAGUUCUGUGCUCGGCGAAGUUCCAGUUGUUUUGAAUCUCCCGGACGAUAGCACAUCUAUCAACUUUUUGUUUCAGAGUCAUGGAUCCAGCUCCGGUUACGAGUUUGGCUCGGAUCAAGCCGUACUAGUCCGGAACAAGUCCCAGAAGCAGCAGCUGCUAAAGGAACUCGGCACAAGAUGCCUCGUCCUUACGGUGGAGGACAGUAAAGGAUUAGAGUUUGAGGAUGUAUUGAUCUUUAACUUCUUCACUGACUCGGCAAGCCCUGAAGCGUGGAAAGCACUUUCUUCUGUUUUUGGUAGAAGCCGUCCAGCUAAUUGUUUACCUCAGCUUCCCAGGAUUUUGUGCAAUGAACUCAAGGAGCUAUAUGUUGCCAUCACGAGAACUAAACGGAGGCUGUGGAUCAUCGACGAGAACCUGGAAUAUCAGCGGCCAAUGCUUGAUUACUGGAAGAAUCUGAACGUUGUCAAGAGAGGUGCGUUGGAUGCGUCACUGAUAUCCUCGAUUCACCAGAUAAGCUCCCCCGAGCAGUGGCACCAACGUGGUGUUGAGAUGUUUAAUGCUCGCCGGUUUGACAUGGCAAAGCUUUCCUUCAAACGAGCAGGCGAUAGAUACCGAGCAAAACUAUCUGAAGCUGCGGAAUUUCAAGAGAGGGGAGAAAAAUUCCUUAGAGUCGACGAGAGUGCUGCAAAAAGGGACCUACAACGUGCGGCCGCACUGUACGAGUCCCUGGAAAAGAAGGACGCUGUAGCAAAGUGUUUCAGAUUGAUGAAAGACUUCCAAAGGGCAGGUUUUUUGUACAAGCAAUGCUCAAAGCUAGAACUCUCGGGAGACUGCUACAUGGCCGCAAAUCUCCACAGCGAAGCUUCACAAGUAUAUGCGGAGGGGAACCAUUACGAGAAAUGCCUUGAAGCUUGUACCAAGGGAAGACUGUACAAAGAAGGCCUCGACUUCAUUCGCAAAUGGACAGUACCAAGCGUGCCUGCCAACACGUUGGAGAAGUUUCGGAAGAACGCUGCCGAGUACUUUCAUCGCAAACUAGACGCUCACUCGAUGAUGGAGGCGGUGCAAGCCUCUUCGGAUGCGGACUGGAAGAUUGCGUUCUUGGAAAGAAGGGAGUACCUUGACGAGCUUAUCGAGCUUGCAUGCAGCCUUGGCAACUUCGAGAAAGCUGCAGAAGUGGCUGCGAGGAAGGGAAACGUGCUCCGAGCAUCGGAGCUACUCGAAAAUGCCGGCAAGCGUUCCGAAGCGGCUCGGAAAAUCCUCGAGCACAUCAGGCUCCAGUCCUUGUGGGGAGGACAAAACUGUGGCUGGCCUCUGAAGAGUUUCCAAGACCGUGAGACUCUCGACAAGGCGGCACGUCUAGCUGCUGACAACCCCGUGUUCUCGCACGAGCUCAAAGUGCUCCGGACGACCACAGGCACUGCCACAGUGAGAGAGCUCCUGGAAAACUGGAAGGUGGCGAAGAACUCCAACGUCGAAGUCAUUGCCUUGCGGCAGCUAUUGGGAGGGGCGUCCGAGGCCUUGAAAGCAGCAGCCUACUCGUUUGAGCUCGAUUCCGAGCGCUCUGGCUUGACGCUCGUCCAGGACAACGUCGAGAACUUGCUACAACUCGUGCUCUCGGCUUGGAACACCUGGUUUCAAUGGAUCCACUCCGUGGUGCAGUCUCUCGAUGGAGUUCAGGAUAUGUUACCACGGGGAACUGCGGUUUCAGCGGCUUUGAACUACCUGGGAAUCAGCCGAGACAUGAAUCCCAAGCUCUGCAUUGUGGAGUAUGUUGGAGCUUUCUGGCUCCAAAACGAAACAGUCAGGCCGCUUUACAGUGGAGGCAGCAGGGGCCAACACAGGACCGAGCGAGUAGCAUCACUCGCGAAGAAGUUUUUGGAAGAGCAGCUACUAGAGUCGGGGCUGGACUGCAUCCGGAGUUUGCACAAGUGCAGCGAGAUUUCUUCAACACAAUCGAGAGUAACGCUCGUUAUCCUCGGCUUGCUCGAGAGUCUUGCCACUGUCCUGGAUAGCCAUCAGGAGAAGCUCCAACUAAAGCUCCAGGGAUACAGAAGGCUUCUCUACAAUGUAGCGUUUCUCGGGGACGCGCAGAGUUUUCUCGACGUAUCAUCCAUUUGCCACGAGCGUUUCUUCACUGCGCACUUGGACCGCGUUGCAGGCGAGCAGAGCUUGGAUUUUCUCGACAACUCCAGCGAGGUGCGGGGAACUCUGCGCGUUCUCUUACCGUUUCUGAGCGCUCCAAAGCUCGAGACGUUGAAGCGACACCUUCCAGAAGACAUGGCUGGCUUGGCAACGUCCUACUCGCGCAGCAACCAUCGGUGUACUCCUUUCGAGUUCCUGGAUUCCGUAGUGAGGCCGUCAGUUGGAUUUAUCGGCGAUAUCAUCACUAAGGACGUCAUUCCAACAGACUUCAUCAGGCCGCAAUUCUAUCUGCUGGAGAGAGCCACGGUGCUGAGCUUGGCUUGCUUCACGGGCCUGGAGCAGAUGGUCCUUCCGGAGAGCCUGGCUUUCAAGUUUAUGACUGGAAGGCCGCAGGAACAGGUGCUCUCCAAAGUUCUCGAGCUGAUCAAGCCCCCUGGAGAGGCCUCUGCUUGCGCCUGCCUCAAUGCCAUCGGCAGGAUUUGCAUCUCGUUGCUUCUAGGAAGGCCAGACUUUUUCGUGGAGUGGCUGCGCAGGAGCAGCAAGCUCGUUCUUGAGCUGGUGAAAGUGCUCCUCACACUCAUGCUGGCGGGUAUCAGAGGUAAACUUUUGGAGUGCUUACGUUCUCCCGUUCUGGACGUGCUGCCUUGGGAGAUCAAGCAGAAGUUACAGGAAACGGUUUCUACGUCCAAAGUUCUGGAAAAAGACCUGUUGGAGCUCAUGGCGAUAACAGGUGAUCCUUUCCUCGUCUUGAUGCGUCGAAGCGGUGGUCACGAUAAUGUACUGCGACGUGUUGGCAUCGAGCCUUCUCCCGGAGUUUUCAGCUCGAAAGGUUUGCAAGCCACGAGCUGUGAGCGGACCGGGAACUGGUCGAAAAAAGACGAGGCACUGGUUGAGUUGCGAGCAAGUAUGAAAGGAAAGAAGAAGGAAAACGAGUACCUCCGCGAAGCGAACUCAGUGUUUAGCUCACUCGGUUUGAAAGACGACAGCUUUUACGCCUCCGCGGACGAUUUUCUACUCGACUUGAGCUCCGCGAUAGAAAUAAUGAAAACGGGACUCGGUAUCAGGCCAAAGCAAGAAAAAGCCCGGUGUUUGCUUCAAAACAUGAUCCUGUACCACGGCAAGCUCGAGUGCAUGACAACGCUUCUAAAUCCCAGGGACGCCAGACACGAGCUCCUCGACUUGGCUGCUCUGCAAAAAUCAGUCCAAGCACUGCGAGAGAAGCUCGAGAAAGGGAAGAAACUUCUGGGCGACCACGUCAAAAGGCUGCUAAGCAAUCGCUGGGACUUGCGAGAGUGGCAAUAA